UAGAGCAUAAAUCAUAAUUCCAGUUCUCCUAGCAACGAUGGACAAGCCCAAAUCAGCCUUGAACAUUGCGGAAGAAACACGCCUCUUUGGUGAAGUGCCGCAGGUGACACUUGCUCUUUCCGGUACAGAAACCUCUAAGCCCCCCAGCGUCAAGGAAAAUGUAUCAAAGCCGUCAUCCGAUUCUAUCGAGAAUCACGAUGGACAGCACGAUACCAAAAGCUCCGGCAUUAGUAGCACUGCUAGCACUAUGAAGGGCGAUCCUUCCCGGGAUGGACAGCAUCUGGAUGAAUCUAACCUAGGCCAGCAACCAGACUCGAUGACCACCGUUGUGAUUGAUAUCGAAGCUACUAGCGGAGGAUCCAUCGUACCAGAUUAUAGCAACAUGAGUUUUUCGGACAUCGUUCAACAGCUGCGAACUACAUUCAACAGUGGCAAAACGCGAGAUGUCGAUUUCAGGUUGAAUCAGCUGAAGGCCCUGCUACGAUGCUACGAAGAGAACACAGCCGAGAUGGCGAACGUGCUAGCCGCGGAUCUGCGCAAGCACAAGCAGGAAGCCCAUCUGCUCGAGAUUGAGUUCAUUCUGAACGAUCUGCGGAACACGCUGUACAAUUUGCGCGAAUGGGUGAAGCCGGAAAAGCCGGAGAAGAGCCUGGUUAACGUCAUGGACGGUGUCUACAUCUACAAGGACCCGUACGGUGUGGUGCUGGUGAUCGGCGCGUGGAACUAUCCGCUGCAGCUUACGCUGGUGCCAGUGGCAGCCGCCAUCGCCGCAGGAAACUGUGUCGUAAUUAAACCGAGCGAGGUAGCUCCGGCCUCGGCCAAAUUCAUCGCCGAAACACUGCCAAAGUACUUGUCCCAGGACUGCUACCGGGUGGUAACUGGUGGACCGAAGGAAACGAGCGAGCUGCUGAAGGAAAAGUUCGACUACGUGUUCUAUACCGGUUCCGGACGCGUCGGCAAAAUCAUCCACCAGGCGUGCAGUGAAAACCUGACGCCUUGCACACUGGAGCUCGGCGGCAAAAGCCCUUGCUACUUGGACGGUACGGCCAAUAUCGCAAUCGCCGCGCGGCGCAUCUUGUGCAAGUUUAUAAACGCCGGCCAAACAUGUAUCGCUCCCGACUACAUACUGUGCAGCAAGCAGGUGCAGAAGCAGUUCCUUGAGGAGGCCCGCAAAGUGCUGAACGAGUGGUAUGGCGCGAAUCCGAAGGACAGUCCCGAUCUGUGCCGCAUUAUCAACCAGAAUCAUUUCCAGCGACUUACGUCUCUGCUCAAGGGUGCCAACGUGGCCAUCGGAGGUGAAACGGAUCUGCAGGACCGUUACAUCUCGCCAACAAUUCUGAUCGACGUAAAAUCAACUGAUCCCGUAAUGCAGGAUGAAAUUUUUGGCCCCAUUCUGCCGAUUCUUAAUGUCGACAAUGCGUAUGAUGCCAUCAAGUUCAUCAACUCCAGACCACCGCCCCUAGUAAUGUACAUCUUUACGCUAGAUACCAAAAUUCAAGAACUUUUCGUUACUGGAACACGGUCGGGCAGCAUGUGUCUUAAUGAUACGAUCAUGCAGUAUGCCGUUGAAGCACUACCCUUCGGUGGUGUUGGCCCCAGCGGUAUGGGUUCUUACCAUGGCAAGUACUCCUUCGACACGUUCGUCCACAAGAAGUCCUGCUUGACGAAAGAUUUUAACCCGAUUGGCGAAAAACUGGCUGCCUCCCGGUAUCCACCAUACUCCGAAAGUAAGCUGUCCUUCCUGAGUACCUUGCUGAAGAAGCGUCAGGGCAUCAACUUGCACUUUUUGCCAUAUCUGCUGAUGUUCGGUAUUGGCGUUGCUUCUACGCUUGUAGUAAGCACCAUCCUGAAGAGACGUUUGCAAUAAACAACUGCUUCCAUUCAGAGACAGAGUUGGGGGAUUUGGGUUAUGAGAGGAACGUCAUUCGACGUUAAAUGAUACGUCGGUUAUGUGUGCAUCUCAAGUGCACGUGCACCAAGCGUGCUCGUAUUUCAAUUGCGUUCUUUAGAUUUUAAUCAUUGCUUAGAACAUGUAUUCACACACAUUGUACGUUAUUAUAUUGAUGCUAUUCAGCGCUGCUUGUGGGCUCAUUUAAUAAAAUAUGAAUAUUUUGCACUUUCCAUACGAA